GGAAGUAUUGAACAGGUGCUUGUUUACAUCCUAGAGACAUUCACAAGGACAGACGGAUGUCUACUUACAGAAGCGUGUUGCAGUUUGGUGAUGGGUGACUGGCUGGUGAAUGAGGGCCCUAAGUGGUUUAUUGUGGGGGUGUGGCUGGUCAUCAAUGUGGGCCUCUUCGCCGGGACAUUCGUCAGCUAUCAGCAGAGCCUGGACUACUUCUACCUACGUCUGCUGGUCGGGGAUGCCUUGUGCUGGGCGCGGGCAAGUGCAGCAUGCUUGAACUUCAACUGUCUGCUCAUCCUUCUGCCUGUCUGCAGGAAUCUCAUCUCAUCCAUUCGAGGAGCAUGUUCCUGCUGUCACCGGAAUGCUCGGCGACAGCUGGACAAGAAUCUCACAUAUCACCGUUACCUUGGUUACAUGAUCUGCCUCAUGACAGCUAUCCACAUCGUGGCACACUGUUUUGACUUUGAAUACCUUGUUGGUGCCUACGAAAGCUCGGAUCCGGCCGUACAGGCCAUCACUCAUCUCUCUGUAACAACAAAUGGCAGCUACGUCAACCCAGUCAGGAGUCCUGGCACUGAUCCCACACAAGAGGUGUUCAAGUCUGUGGCGGGCGUGUCAGGCGUGGUGAUCACACUGUGUCUCAUACUUAUAGUCACAUCCUCAACGGAUGUGGUCAGACGUUCGUAUUAUGAAGUGUUUUGGUUCACACAUCAUCUGUUUGUAAUCUUCUACAUCGGCCUCGUUAUCCAUGGAGUGCAGGGAAUAAUCCGUGGCCAGACCAACACAUCAAAGCAUAAUCCAUCCAAGUGUUACACCAGGUAUGACAAGUGGGGAAGCCAGGAGUGCCCUCUACCACAGUUUUCAGGAUCACCGCCAAAGACCUGGAUAUGGGUGCUGGCUCCUGUUGUGCUGUACAUCAUAGAAAGAAUUAUACGCUUUUUUCGAAGCUUGAAGACAGCUGUUAUAACAAAGGUAGUGAAACAUCAGUCCAAUGUGUUUGAGCUACAGAUGAUGAAGAAAGGGUUCUCCGCCCUCCCUGGGCAAUAUGUGUUUCUGCAGUGUUCGUCCAUCUCAAGACUGGAGUGGCACCCAUUCACCCUUACCUCAUCUCCUAACGAGGACUUCCUGUCCGUGCAUGUCCGCGUAGGGGACUGGACGGAGAAGCUGGCCAAGGCCUGCCAUGUUGAUGGGGAGUUUCAGGAGGCCUGGAAGAUGCCCAGAUUAGCUGUCGAUGGCCCCUUUGGUACCGCCACUGAGGACUUUUUCCGCUACCAGGUGGCAGUACUGAUUGGAGCAGGGAUCGGAGUUACUCCAUUUGCAGCUGUUUUGAAGAAUAUAUGGUACAAGUACUGUGAUGUCAACACCGAGAUGUCCCUGAAGAAGGUGCACUUCUUCUGGGUGUGUCCGGACACUCACGCCUUUGAGUGGUUUCAGGAUCUCCUCAAAUCUCUGGAGCAGCAGACGUACGAACGUGGCAACGCCAGCUUCCUGUCUCACAACAUCUACCUGACCAGAGGCUGGGACUCGAACCAGGCCCAGAACAUCAUGAUCCAUGAUGACAACAACGCCCUUGACCCUGUGACCGGACUGAAUCAGAAGACCCAUUAUGGCCGCCCCCAGUGGGACCGAGUGUUUACCACCCUAGCACAGCAGCACCAGGGAGUGAGCGUGGGUGUGUUCUUCUGCGGGCCGAAGGAGUUAUCCACACAGCUUCACAAGCUCUGCAAUAAAUACUCAUCUUCUGACAACAGUGGAACAAGAUUCUUCUAUAACAAGGAAAACUUCUAAUGGACAAUCACAAAUGGCUUCAUACCAUGUGAUUAAUCCACAACAAAGAAAACAUGAAAUGUUAAAAGACUUUUAUGACAAGCAACAUAUAUUUUUACACUUUUUAUACUUAUGCUCAACCUGAAAGUUAUUUUAUGUUCUCUGUAUGUCACAAUAUGUCUGUACCUUAUUUUUAAAUUGUUUUUGAAUUUUUAUCAUAAAAAUGUUUUUUAAUGUACAAUGAAACCUUGUAAGUCUGGACACCCCUUAUGGACAAUUACUGUUGCUAUUGUCAUAGACCGUGCAUUUACAAGAGAAUCUGUCUGAACCUGUGUAAGACCAAGAAUAAUCCCAUGGAGUUGAAGGAGUAACUUUUAAUUCAGAGAAUGUUUAUCAAUAUGGCCCUAGAGCAGAUGGACACUUUACACCAACACUUUGCCAUCACCGUUGAGGAUUGGCUUGACUUCUCAUUCAAGUAUCAGCGCAGUCGUUCAGUGGUUACUAUUAUAGGGUAUUUAUAUAGCACACAUAUCCACGCAACUAGGACUUGCUCAAGGCACUGAAGUGUUCCCUUGAUUAAUGGAUGUCUUUUUUCUGGAGUUCUUUUUUAACCAGCUCAACUCCCUGGGGAGUAUUCAACUCACGCAGCCUGUUAGGCGCAGCGAGUUAUCACACAGCUUCAUCCUCACAAGGUACCCAUUUGCAGCUGGGGGGACACAUAGUCACAGUAUUUUGUCCAAUGAUACUGCACGUUACUAUACCCGUAACUAGGUGUCUGUACGAGCCUGCAAGUGAUGUUAGCUCCUUGGUUUUUACACCCAGUCACAGUGGGGAUCGAUCCAAGCACCUUUCGCUUUCUAGCACUGCCCCUUAGACAUUUCGCCCACCAUACUACAUGUACUAUAAGAGCAGUUACUAUACUAAGUAAUACUCUGUGUUCUGUAUAUAUCCCCCAGUAGGCAGUGAAUGUUUGACUGCUGAACCGAGGACAUCAGUCUACACUUUGCACAUUGUCUGAUGCUGAGAAUGUUAUACCGGACAUGCAAGUAGGAUGUGUGAAAAGUUACACCUUACACACAAUCAUGUCACACAAUUACAGUCCAGAUUUGGAAGUUUGGAUUAGACAGGCUCUACUUUAUGAUAGAGUAAUGUCCAUAUUAAUCAGUCUGAUAUAGACAAAUUCCAGGGGAACAAUAACAGUACAGAUUACAGGGUUUCACUGUAUCAGUGUCUUAUUUCAACUUUGUUUACGCUUAUAAUAUAUGUGUUUAUUACUCGCCCGUGUAAGAUACUGCAGUUUCAUAAUUUUACGGCAGUAUUACACUAGUGUAAUACUGCUAUAUUACACUAGUGUAAUACUGCUAAACGUAUGACGUCAUAAUGGUUACUGUUAUGACUUCACAAUGCUAAUACCUCUGUCACAAUGGCAUUAGACCUUACUUGACUCGAGGAAAGAUGACUCAAGUCAUCACAC